AUGCUGGUUUUGGUACUCAUAGCUUUCUGUAUUUUGAGGAGGCGGAAACUUAGCGCUUCGCCCUAUUUACCAGAUGAUUCAUUUCUGAAAAUCUCCUAUGGUGAACUGCUGAAAGUGACCAAUGGAUUCUCUUCAGAAAAUUUCAUUGGUAAGGGUGGUUUUGGUUCUGUAUACAAAGGAAUUCUUGGUUCAGAUGAGAAAAAUGUUGCGAUCAAAGUACUUGAUUUGCAGCAUAGAGGAGCUUUGAAGAGCUUUAUUGCAGAAUGUGAAGUCCUAAAGAACCUUAGGCAUAGAAAUCUUGUCAAGUUAGUAACUGCAUGUUCAGGUACUGACUUUCAGGGCAACGAUUUUAAGGCCCUGAUUUACGAGUUCAUGGUUAAUGGUAGCCUGGACGAUUGCUUGCAUUCAUUUUCCAAUGAUGGAAGUCUGCACGUACGACAUCUAGAUCUUUAUCAGAGAGUCAACGUUGCAAUUGAUAUUGCUUUCGCGCUAGAGAAUCUUCAUCAGGGAAGCCAAAUACCAGUUGUUCAUUGUGAUUUGAAGCCGAGCAAUGUUUUACUAGAUAAGGACAUGACUGCCCGUGUGGGCGAUUUUGGUUUGUCAAGGUUUCUCCUAGAGACAUCUCAACAGACUUCAACAAGAGAAACUAGCACUAUUGGUAUUAAAGGAUCAGUUGGCUAUGCAGCUCCAGAAUAUGGAACGGGAAGUGAAGUGUCAACUUAUGGUGAUAUAUACAGCUAUGGCAUUAUCAUACUGGAGAUUAUUACGGGGAAAAAGCCAACAGACGACACCUUUUCAAAUGGACUGAACCUUCAUAACUAUGUUAAAAUGGCUUUCUCUGCUGGUAGAGUUAUGGAAAUUGUUGAUCCAAUGCUUUGUCACGACUUGGAAGAAGAGGAGACAACCAACAGUACUAUUGCUGAAAGGAAAACCAAAGAUUACAUUAGAAAGUGCUUAAUUUCUAUGUGUAAAAUUGGGAUUGCUUGCACCAUGGAAUCACCAAAAGAAAGAAUGGGUAUAAGUGAUGUUGUUAAAGAGUUGCAGUUGAUCAAAGAAACUUUAUCUAAAUCUGAUGAGAAUUAUAAUCAUUAA